GAGUCACCGGCUUGAGUCGGCAGCAGCAGUAGUUCGCGGGAAGUGUCGCCCUCCCGGAGUUUUUCCUGCCGUUAUCGUAUCGGUUUCCACAACCGGUUUAACACUUUCUAUCCUCCGCGCUCGGAGGCAGUGAAAUUCGCCGCAAACAGAAAUCAUGAUCGCGUUAAUGUCGUUCGGUGUUCUCCUCCUGGCCUACGGCAGCGAUGGACUUCAAUUAGGCAGUGCCAAGGGAAGCGCUUGCCUGGCCAGGAACCCGAACGGCUACGGUUACGUGGAAGGCGUCUGCGUGCACACUUUCCAGUGCACAGAGACACUCAGAGGGCUCGUCCGUCUUCAGUUUCCCGAAAUCUGUGGAACGUAUCUUCUUGUCCCGUUGGUCUGUUGUCCAAAGAUGGACCAGUCGAGACCAGGGUUUCUCAACCCACUUGGUUUCGGAAGUCAUGGGACGGGGAGCAGCUACCCAUACGGGCAAGGUGCAAUGAAUCGGGGGCAGCAAGGCUUCAACCCCUUGGGAAUCGUCGACACCCUCUUGAAGAAUAUUCCAGGCACGGGCGGUAACUUUGGUAUCGACAUCCCAAAUAUCGUAAACCCUGUGCCGGGCAUUCCACAGUUUCCAUCGUUUGGUGACGUCAAUUCAUUCUGGAAGCAGAUACCACCCAUCCCCACUGGGCCAUUUGGAGCUGACUGCCCAGAUGGCUUCAACCCUUCCUGGCCGAGGAUUCCCGAAAGUCCGGGACGUAUGCCAGGAUCCUUCAUACCCCCUAUAUUUGGCGGAGGAAUGCAACCUGCGGGUUCAGGAUUUGGUAAUCGUGGGCCGCAAUUCCCAUCCGGCGGAGGACUAAUUCCACCAGUAGUAGGCAGUGACGGCGGAGUAUUUCCCCAAGUACCGGGCACUGGAGGAGGCGGGGUAUUUCCACAUGUACCGGGCACUGGAGGAGGCGGAGCAUUUCCGCAAGUACCGGGCACUGGUGGUGGUGGAGUGAUUCCGCAAGUACCGGGCACCGGAGGAGGAGGAGGAGGAGGUGUACUUCCCCAAGGACCAGGCACUGGAGGGGGUGGCAAUCAAGGUCCCACAUACCCACAGCAACCCAAUCCAGCACCUGGAACUGGUCCAUACGUUCCUCCUGUUCACCAAGGGCCAAACGUGCCACCAGUCUCACCUGGUGGUAAUGUGCCCAGCAGACCUGAUGUACCAAUAGGGGGAGGCCCAGACACCGCAGACAUAUCGGAAGAACCCUGCGUGUCAAGGGAUGGAGGGGACACGGAAUGCCGACCCGCGACGCACUGCCCACAUUCAGAGAGGCAGCCUGGGCUGUGCACGGGCAACACAGCACUGGUCUGUUGUAGUCGUGAAAGAGGAAACAUAUCGCCACCUCCAAUGUCAGUUCCGGUCAGGAAACAGCAGAAUGGGUUAAAUGAGGCCGAGCUACUGGAAGAAAACUGGCAGCUCUGUGGAAAACAUGCCCCAGCCAUUCCAUUUGCGGUGAACUAUGUGGCGUCAGGACGCACAAAUGAAGACCUCGGAAAGUACCCUUUUGCAGUAGCCGUAUUCAGAGACAAUUUCCACGUCCUCAACUUCUGGUGUGGAGGUGUCCUCAUAACGAGAAACACCGUGCUGUCGGCAGCCCACUGUUUCUACGGAGCUCCGGAAAGCACCGAUUUUCUUCUUCGUGUGGGAUCCCUGAACAUUGCCAACGACGACGACAGCAAACGGAUCAUUCGGAGGAAAGUAGCAUCAAUCCACAUACAUCCGGAAUACGAAGAUGGGCAGCACCAUGCAGACUUGGCAGUGCUGACGCUAGACGAACCAAUUAACGUCUCACCCACGAGUGCCCAUCUUCCAUGUCUUCCCGAGGAGUCGUCUGCUCCUCGCGUGUCAACAGUUACAAUGUUAGGGUGGGGAGACAGUGUCUCUGAAGGCAGAGUGCUGACACAACUACAUGAAGCUGAAGUGGACACUGUGAGCAAUGCAGAUUGCAACAGAGCAUACCAAUCACUUCCCACCUAUCAAACGGAAUUUCCACAAGGAAUUGAUGAUAAGUUCAUCUGCACCGCCAAAGUGACAGCUAGCAGUUGCCAUGAAGACUCUGGAGGGCCACUUCUCCGGAAACUUGAUCUGGGCAAAAGGACAGUCUUUGAAAUUGUCGGCGUUGUGUCUAACGGAGUGGAAUGCGGUACGUCGGAUCACCCUGGGGUAUACACGGAGGUUGUGAGCUUCGUGCCCUGGAUACUGCAGACAUCACUCAACGUUUCUCAGCAUAACGUUGUGGGCACUGACGACGCUUCAGUUUGAACAAUUCCAAUCAAUGAAUGCAUUUCAUAGUCUGCCUACUUCUUACACCUCCUUUGGAAGAGAGUUGUGCCAUAUUUAUCAAUUAUGCUUUAUCAGUACAGGCUGGUCUUAGUAAGAAGCUAAAUUUUUUGCAUAAAUGUUCUUUACUGCAGUAUUACUACUUUCUUAGGAUUAUGUAAAUAAUGUUUAAUGUAAUAAUGCUUUUUUAACAGUUGCUGCUACUGUAACCCGGGGGCGAGGCUCCCCUCAUGCUUCCCUAAGCUUUUUGCCUCGUCUCCGUCCAUCAUGCGUAUGGAAAAAUAAAGUGAAAUGAAAUGAAA